AUGGCCCCUCAAGUUUUCCUCGUCACUGGAUCCACAUCCGGCAUUGGGGCAGCCUUGGUGGAACACAUUCUCGCUCGCGGCGACAAAGUCAUCGCAACUGGCAGAAAGGUCGAAGAGAAGCUCGGUCAUGUCAAGGCUGGAUCGGAAAACGUUGCCCUGUUGGAGUUAGAGGUCACUGCCGGCUUCGAAGAGAUCAAGGCCAAAGUCGAGACGGCCUGGAACAUCUUUGGCCACAUUGACGUCGUGAUGAACAAUGCUGGCAUGUCCGCCAUGACCGCCAUCGAAGAUGCAAACGAUGCAUAUGUGCAAAACAUGUUCUCAGUUAACCUCUUCGGCCCGGUUCACAUCACCCAGGCUAUUCUGCCCCUGUUCCGAGCCCAGGGCCACGGCUGUGUCGCAUUUACUUCCUCCAGCUCAAGUUGGAUGGCUCUUCCCACCAUGUCCCACUACUCAAUGACCAAAGCAGCUCUCAGCGCCUUUGCAGAAUGCCUUCACAAGGAGGUCAGUGACCUGGGCAUUCGCAGUGUUGCUUUUGAUUGCGGCGGCUUCAUCACCAACCUCAUGCAGCCUCGUGGGGAAGCCCGCGCCGCUCCGGCGGGUGCUGGUCCUUCCGAUGCAUACAAGCCGCUGUUUGGAAGCAUUAUCGGCAUGUUUUCGAACGAUCCCAUGAGUCUCAUGCCGGGAUCACCCGCCAAAGCAGCUUCCACCAUGAUUGAUGUUGUCAAGGGAGAGGGAGUUGCAGUCGGCCGACCUUGGGCUGUCCGAGUUGUGUUGGGCUCGGACGCUUAUGACAGCGCAGUGAAUCGACGACAGGAGGAGCUCAAGCUGCUCAAGGCUUGGCAAGCUGUCAGUGAGAGCACUGAUGAACGAAAAUUUGAGCCUCGAGAGGAUGUUCGCAAGUUUAGCAGAGUGACUGGUGUAGACCAGCUCUGA